AUGGCCUCGACCAAGGUCUACUCAUAUUUGGACGACGAUAAUACACCAUUCCUGACCAGUGUCCCGGUUUCGGCGAGUCAAAUUACACUUGGUGACUUCAAAAAGGCCCUCCCGAAGCGGAAUCUCACGUAUUCGCAGAAAGUUUUUGAUGAAAAUGUCAAGAAGUAAGUGUAUUUUGAUUAGCAAGUCGGAGAUUUCAAGAUAAAAGAGUUUUUAGUUACUGUUUUUGCAUUUUUCUAUCUGAUCCUCAUGGAUAAUGUAAAUUUCUUCAGACACGUCAAACGAACAAUCCACGACGACUCCGAGCCCCUUCAGCUGAACGAAAAUGGAGUUGUCGAACUUUUUCUAACCUCAAAUGGUCCUAUUGGGACACUAAAGACCAACGGAAGGCACUACAAAAACCUUCCACCGCAUCUGGCCAAUUAUGGAGUAAGUUGCUUAUAACUUUUGAUUUGAUGUUUAGGUUGGUGAUCUGGACGUGUGUGGAGGUCAACGGGUGUCGAUGGUUACUGCUGAGCCAUCAAUUUCGGGUGCUGGAAGCUAUUUGAGCAGUGAGUUUUAUUAUACUUGAAAUUGUUGUUGUAUGUAACGGAAAACUUGUUGUUUCUUGGUGAAUAUUGAUAGGAGUUGGAUGAAUUUGGUAUUAUUAGAGAGCUUAGGGCAUAAUUCAGCUAACUGUUUCAUGUUUGAGUUAGAAUAUUUUGAUUACCAUAGAGUUUUUAUCUAUUUUCGGUUAAAGGCCAUGAAUAAUAUAAAUUUUUAAAUUUCAGAGCGAGCAGGCGAACAAUUAGCUAGUAUUGACAACACCUCAGCCUCCGAAGACCCUUAUGUAUUCGAACAGAGCAGUAUUGCGAAUCAAUCUUCAGAUUAUCUUCGAGUUAUGAACACCACAGACUAUUCGAGGAGGAGGAAAAAACGAGAACGAUAUCGGCGGCCAUACGUCCCGAGUACGAUCUCAUCAGCUUCUGGGAUGUCGUCAGUACCUCAGGUGACAGAGAUUAUGCUCGACCUGAGGGAACAUGCACUUGGAAUUGACAUUGGAAUGUGUGAUGGAGCUGUUUUGAUCACAAGUAUUGCGAAAAGUAAGUCUUUUCGGAUUUUUUUGUGUUAUACGUUUAGGGAAGUGAGGAGAAGAUUAUGUCCAUCAUUUUGCGGCAAAAUUUGGCUUGGCGAUGUCAGAUUUCAAAGGUUUUGUCUAAAAUAAUAUAAUUUUGAUCGACAUUUUGGAUUUUCGAUAUUGUUUCAUUCCUAAUGAAUCAAAAACAAUAUGAAACUAACAUCUAUGCUUCAAAUAGGAUCUAUACUCCAUAUUUUCCAGACAGCGCGGCCGAUCGUUGUGGCGCAUUGGGCGUUGGAGAUCAAAUUGUUCAAGUCGACAAUACCUCAUUUGAAGAACUCUCGGAUGAACAGGUUGUGAGCCUGUUGAGGAAGAUCUCAAGUCAAAAGCGAGUUGUGCGAAUUGUAGUGGCAAGAUACAAACGAGAUUCGGACCAACGAUCGGAUGCUUUGAGUGCACUGUGCGAAACCGCCGAAAUUGAUGUAUCGCUGUGGGUGGAGGGAACAAAGUAAGUAUUUUUGUCUUUUUGUUGGCUUUUAGGCUAAGAUACGAGAUGGCGGUGUCACUUUUCUGUGAUUGUGACGUUUCAAACACCUUUUUGGAAUUUUUGGAUAUUAUACUAGAUAAAAAUUUUAAAAAAGCGAUGUUUUCGGCUAUUUUUUUGUCGUUUCAUUAAGAAUUAUGAAGUGUAAUCGUCCUUUAUCUGCAGACAAGCAAAUCCCGAUGCUCCGUUUGACGACUUCCAUCAAAAUCCAAACACCUCGGCCCAUAUAAAUGAAGCGGCCGAAGAGACGUCGGACGAGGAAAGAGCGGCCUAUGAUGAUCGUAGAAAUGGAAUUGGUGCCCAUUUUGUCCCACAGAUUAAGUUAAUGAGAGCAAUUCAUCAACGCACCGAGGCUAACGGGCAUAUUCCGAACGACGAGAACGGUAGGUGUUUGAUUUUUUUGUUUUCGAUUUUUAGGUAUGAAGCAUGAGGAUUAAUACGAAUUUACCGAGGUGUUAUGGAGUAAAAGUAAUACUCUUGCUAUUGCAGAUCGCCAUUCCCGCCUAUCGGCAACGGACGCCAUGGAAAUUGUGGUCCGACAAAUGGCCCGUCUCGACUCGGGCCUCAAAAUUAAGGACCGAAAAUGGCUCAAGAUCCCCAUCCCCAUGUCCUUUAUCGGUCAUGAACUCGUGAACUGGCUUCUGGAGAAUGUGGAUGGCCUAGAUAAUCGGAAACAAGCAAGGAAUUAUGCGAAACAAUUGCUGGAGAAGGGAUUCAUCAAACACGCUGUGAAUAUGAACUCGUUCAGCGAGAAAUGCUACUAUAAAUUUCAAGGUGAGUAGUUAAAAAGUGGUAGAAAGAUGGGAAAUUUUGGAUAGUAGGGGUUUAAAGGCGAUCUAGACGGUUGAUUUGAGAAUUUUGAAGGUUUUGGGAUAUUAUCCAUGAGGUUAAUGGAGAAAUUUUUGAAUUUUGAUUUUGGAGGUGAAAAUUGAUGGAAAAUUACUGUUAAAGGCGGUGUCUGGUAUAAAAAGGGCUCUAGUUUUCUAUGGAGUAGUUUUUGAGACACCUAAGGCCGGGGAUUUCCCACACAGAGCAAUUUUUGAUAUUGUCCAUGGGAUCUAAUACCUUUUUUUGAUUUUAUUUUUUCACCUAAUGAAAUGGAUGAAAAGUCUUGAUACUGCUGUUCAAUUUGCGCUAUAUAGGUUAUAUUUAAACGUGGUAUGUUUAAAAUACGGGUUAUUGAAGAAACUGUUGGUAAAAUAUGACUUUUUAUAUUACACAUGAGGUUAACAAUUUUUUUCAGAGAAAAUAUGCGAAGAACGUCUUCUCAUGGAACAGCAAGCCAAGCUGAACACCGUAGACAGUCCCACAGAGAUUACGUACAUGAGCGGACCUUCGUCUCCCCACCAGCCUCAUCGACAAAUACCUAAUAAUUAUCAUACCGGACCCUUGGAUGGUAAGUCUAUUUUUUGGUGAUUUUUGAGAGAAUUAAGAUAAUUUCGAGGUUAAAAAGGAUGUUUAAAGGCGUCUAGUUUAACUUAGAGUAGUUUGAGAUACAAUUGAAGGAAAUAUUGAUAUGGUUUUGAUACAAAUUUGACCUUAUUUUAGUCCUCCAACAACGUCAAAUCAACUAUUCCGGAACACAACCACCACCCCCUCGAAUCAACCCCCAAAUGACCUCCAAGUCCCAACCAGCCCUCCCCAACACAUUACCCAUGAAUUCAACACAAGUGCAACGACCUAUGAACUCAACGGCCGUCGACCUCUCCAAGUGGGAAUUCAGCCCAAUCCCCGCGCGAAAUUACCGCGAUUGCGAGUCUACCUCGGGUAUUUAUGAUGUAGUUAAACAGUAG